AGUGGCUCCCUCCCGUUCGUCCCCGCCCCCUGGGCUUUGAGAAGAACGCCGCCGCGAGACAGUUGGGACGGAAGGUACCAUUCUGGGGGCGCGGAGAGGGGUGCCUUCGGAUGCGGCUCUCUCUGCCUCUUGCCCCGCGGCUGAGGGAAACCUGGUUUUCCUUACUGUGGGCUCAUUACCAUCAUGGGAGAGAUUAAAAUCUCUCCAGACUAUAACUGGUUCAGAAGUACAGUUCCUCUUAAAAAGAUUAUUGUAGACGAUGACGACAGUAAAGUCUGGUCACUGUACGACGCAGGACCCCGGAAUAUCCGAUGCCCCCUCAUAUUCCUCCCACCGGUCAGCGGAACGGCAGAUGUGUUCUUCCAGCAGAUUUUGGCCUUGUCUGGAUGGGGUUACAGAGUCAUUGCUCUGCAGUAUCCGGUGUACUGGGAGAUUUUUGAGUUCUGCGAUGGAUUCAGAAAACUAUUAGACCAUCUACAGCUGGAUAAAGUUCACCUCUUUGGUGCUUCUUUGGGGGGAUUCCUUGCUCAGAAAUUUGCAGAAUACACCCAUAAAUCUCCCAGAGUCCAGUCACUGGUUCUCUGCAAUGCUUUCAGUGAUACCUCCAUUUUCAACCAGACAUGGACUGCAAACAGCUUUUGGCUGCUGCCUGCCUUUAUGCUAAAGAAAAUUGUACUUGGAAACUUUGCAUCUGGUCCUGUGGACCCUGAAAUGGCUGACGGAAUUGAUUUCAUGGUGGAUAGGCUGGAAAGCCUGGGCCAAAGUGAACUUGCUUCAAGACUCACCCUCAAUUGUCAAAAUUCCUAUGUGGAACCUCAUAAAAUCAGAGACAUCCCUGUCACUAUCAUGGAUGUCUUUGACCAGAGUGCUCUUUCCACCGAAGCCAAGGAAGAGAUGUAUAAGCUGUAUCCCAAUGCCAGGAGAGCCCAUCUCAAGACAGGGGGCAAUUUCCCUUAUCUCUGCAGAAGUGCGGAAGUAAAUCUCUAUAUCCAAAUUCACUUACUUCAGUUCCAUGGUACCAGAUAUGCUGCAAUUGAUCCUUCCAUGGUCAGUGCCGAAGAACUUGAAGUCCAGAAAGCCAAUUUCCAAGUUAGCACUGAGCAGGAGCCGGAGCAGUUGUAGUUCUUGGACUUGCUAGUCUCACAUCAUUGGAGGAAGGGAUCUUUAGCCCUUUGGGGGGCACAGUCCUUCCUUACAAUCACAUCUUUCCAACCUGCCUUUUCUCUACAACUAAACUGGUUAGAACCGCAUCCUUCAACUAAGCUGGACUGAUUUUCAUGAAAUGGAAUACAGCGAUAAGCAGUUGUUCACAUCACACUCUAAAACGAUAAGAGGUUAAGGAUGCACUUUUGGAAGACUCAUUUAAAACAAUCUAAGAAAACUUUUGCUACCAAAGCCUUCACUAUUGUGUUCUUAAGGAAAAUAAUCUUUUUUAAUAUAUACAUAUAUGUAUGUGUGCGUGUAUAUAGUCAGGCAGAGAGAGGCUGCGUGUGUGUGUAUAUCAUGAGCAAACUGUAUGCCUGGAAGUUGGUUUAUAAUUUGAAUAUUUAGUUUUUAAAACUAUGUUGAAGUGCCAAUGUGGGUAUUACUUUUCUUUAUUUACUGUUGCUACUUACUGACUUCAUUUGCUAUCAGAGCAUUUUCUUUUUGUAAAACUGCCUUGCUGUCUAAAUAAACUUUUGGAAUAAAAUUUCAGCUGAGGAAAAAAA